UUCUCUCUUCACACAUCCCAGCCGCCAAGCAAGCGUCCUCCUCCUCUAGUCCCUGAUCCUAGCCCUCUCCUGUCUGCAGACCGGGAAGUUAAAUAAUUUGAUUUGAGAGCAAGAUGAGAUUGGAGAAGUGCUGGUUUUGUUCCUCCACUGUAUAUCCGGGGCAUGGUAUUCAGUUCGUUCGCAACGAUGCCAAGAUUUUCCGUUUUUGCAGAUCCAAAUGCCACAAGAACUUCAAGAUGAAAAGGAAUCCCCGUAAAGUAAAAUGGACCAAGGCCUAUAGGCGUUUGCAUGGAAAGGACAUGACUCAGGACUCAACAUUUGAGUUUGAGAGAAAACGUAAUAGGCCGGAGAGAUAUGAUAGAAACCUUGCAGAGAAUACUCUUAAGGCCAUUAAAAAGAUUGAUAAAAUCAGAUCAGACAGGGCAUCUGACCACAUCAAAAGCAGGCUUAAGACGGGCAAAGUCCAAAGGCAAAAAGAAGCAAGGAAGCAAUUGGAGCAUGAUAUUCACUUGGUCAAAGCUCCGCUUGCUCUUGCACAAGAUUCAUCACUUCAUCUUCCAAAAAUCAAAGUCAAUGUGUCCCAAGCCCAGACAGAAGAGAAUCAACCCAUGGAAGAGUAAAUUUGGUUCUGUUCUUCCUCAGCAUGGUAUUUAUCCGCCACCAAAAUUUAUGCGUGUCAAGAGUCCUUUUUUGUGUCUAAUGGUCCAGAAUUUUGAAUAGCAUAUUUAAAUGUUUGUUUUGAUUAGCAUAUUUUGGUAGUUCCUAAUUAUGGAAAACUCAUUAAAAACAAAUUCCGAGACUCGCUUUUCCCUUUUAAA